AUGGCUUCUCUUGCUCUGCAAUUCUCCCCACUCUCUUCUUCUCUCUUCUCCAAACCCUUCCCUUUCACCCAACAUCCCCACAGCCACAAGCGCACGUCAACUCUCAUAGUCAACUCCAUAGCAUUAACCAAUGCACAGAACAAAGAGAGAGCCAAGCUCAAGAAGAUCUUCGAAGAAGCCUACGAGAGAUGCCGCACUGCUCCCACCGAAGGUGUCUCCUUCACCCUCGAAGACUUCACUGCUGCUCUCGACAAAUAUGACUUUGAUUCUGAAGUUGGUUCCAAGGUUAAAGGGACUGUGUUCUACACGGAUAACAAUGGAGCAGUUGUUGAUAUUACUGCAAAGUCCUCGGCGUAUUUGCCACUGCAGGAAGCGUGCAUCCACAGGGUUAAGCAUGUGGAAGAAGCGGGCAUAGUUGCUGGGUUGAGAGAGGAGUUUUUGAUCAUUGGUGAGAAUCAAGCGGAUGAUAGUUUGAUCUUGAGUUUAAGGUCUAUCCAGUAUGAUCUUGCAUGGGAACGUUGUAGGCAGCUUCAAGCAGAAGAUGCUGCUGUAAAGGGUAAGAUUGUAGGGAUGAACAAAGGUGGAGUGGUGGCUGAGGUGGAAGGGCUUAGAGGGUUUGUUCCAUUGUCACAAUUAUCAACGAACUCGAAUAUAGAAGAGCUUCUCGAUAGGGAGCUUCCCCUAAAGUUUGUGGAGGUGGAUGAGGAACAAUCUAGACUUGUCCUCAGUAACCGCAAGGCCGUAGCUGGCAACCAGGCACAGCUAGGCAUUGGUUCAGUGGUUACGGGCUCUGUUCAAAGUCUGAAGCCAUAUGGGGCCUUCAUUGACAUUGGUGGAAUUAAUGGCCUCCUUCACGUUAGUCAGAUCAGUCAUGACCGAGUAACUGAUAUCUCAACUGUUCUUCAACCUGGUGACAUAUUAAAGGUGAUGAUCUUAAGUCAUGACCGUGAGAGAGGUCGAGUAAGUCUUUCCACUAAGAAGUUAGAGCCCACUCCUGGAGAUAUGAUCCGCAAUCCGAAGGUUGUAUUUGAGAAGGCUGAGGAGAUGGCUCAAACAUUCAGACAGAGAAUAGCCCAGGCAGAAGCUAUGGCUCGAGCUGACAUGCUUAGGUUCCAGCCUGAGAGUGGAUUGACUCUCAGCGGUGAUGGGAUCCUGGGACAAUUUACUUCAGACUUGCCUGAAGAGGGACUGGAUCUAAGUGAGGUACCACCAGCUGAAGAAUUAUGA